AUGUCGGAAGACUUGGGCAAGAGCCGUCAUGGCAUCCCUGAUGUGGUCAUGGUGCAGAUUGACAAGUACGUCGACUCACUAGCGCCGGAAAUUCAACCGCGCAUCACCAGGGAAAUCGACGAGUUCCAGACCAAGACCAUCGACAGCCUGGAAGACUUGGUCGUUGAUGCUUUCCGAUCCCUGUUCAACCGGAAAGACGCUUCGGGUCCCAACUCCAGAUCUCUGGGCGAUGCUCCCCCGGACGCUUACGGCGUUGGGUCCCUGCCGUUCGCCAAUGAGAUUCUCUCACUCACCCAGUCCUUCUCCAAGGUUGCUGACGGCGCCUCGGAUGACAUUCGGGAGAUUUUCAACCUCACCGAGUCGGGCGGCGGUGGACAGGAUGGCAGCCGAGGAAUGGGCGGCGGCGACCGGGAUCGGAGCGGGAGUGACAUGUUCAGCCAGGGUGCCAGGGGAUUCCUGAGCGCCGCGGUUGGCGCCAUCAAGGAGCACCACAGCAACUCUCAGGGCGGCGGCGGUGGAGAGAAGAUCAGGCUUGACGGUAUCCUCGGCAUCCUGAGUGACGCCAUCAAGGACACCUCUCGUGAUCCGGACGGCAAGGCGCGCAUGAUCAGUCCCGAGAUCAAGGAGAAGCUCGGCGUCGUGCUGAGGGAACAGCACGCACCGCUGGCGGAGCAGUUUACUCGCAUCGCCCUCGAAAAGAUCAAGAGGUGGCUCCGCGGCAACACCACGACGCGAGACCUCGGGGAUGGUGUCAAGGGCGAGCUCAAAGACGAGAUUCAGGGGCUGGUCAAGGGGGUUGCCGGCCUUUUCGGCAAGAAAUCGCACUCGGAUGAGAGGUCGCGGGAUGGCCCCGGCGGAAAUGACGAUGGGGGCAGCGGUGGUUUCUCUGGCAUGAUCAGCAACAAGCUCAGUACCGGUCUCGCCAAAGUGCACCGAGAGGUCCGUAUCGAGUUCCGUAAGAUCCUGGGUGUCAUUGAGAAGAACCUCUGGGAGGCUCUCCCCGACCAGGUGCAGGGUCCUCUUGAGAAGAUUCUUGGCGGUAACCCUUUCGACUCAAGUCUCGACUCGCAAACCUCGUCGUCUCGCGGUUUUGGAGAUGACAUCAAGGUCAAGUUGGUCAACAAGAUCCGUGACUUGGUGCGCAAGGUCCAGGACAGCCUUCGUCAGAGCGUUCUCGCAGUCGUAAACGGUGGCCACCGCAAGUUUGAGCGGGCGAGCUGGGUCUUUGUUCAAGAGAACGUUGAAGUCCGGGUGCGGAAGUAUCUGCCCGAUGUGCGAAUCAGCGUUCCCGAUGAUAUCGGAAACGAGGGCGUCAGUGUGGGCACACCGCAGACUCCGGCACCCAUGCAGCAUGGUGGAAGCAACAACAACAACAACAACAACAAUAGUGGCCCGCCACCUUCUCAUCAACAACAUUACUCCAGUCCUAGCGGCAACAAUCCUAAUUGGCAGGGGUCACAGCAGUAUCAGUCGUCACAGGACGCGUACUACGGCGCUCCACCACCCCAAAAUUACUCAGGCGGGGCCCCUUCGCAUCAGCCGCCUUACAACCAAUAUCCCCACCAAGGUCAACAGCACCAUGAUCAGUACCAGUCCCAAAACCCUCGAUACUAG